AGUUAGUAUCGGUCGUCCUUUGCGUGAAGGACAAUUCAGCGAUAACAUUUAUAUGUAAGCGCUUUUUUCAAAAUCCUUGAUGUCUUCCAUAAUCCGAAUUCUUUUUUUGGAGGUAUUUGUUCAAAAAUAAUGUGACGGUUAUUUGACGCUAUGGCUAAAGUACUGUUCGUGUAUUUAUUGUAUCUUUUUAUGUUUUCUAUUCAUUUUGGAGAAUCAAUUAGAUGGUUAUCUCUUCAGCAUUCCCACUUUCAAUGGAAUAUAUCGAUUUUAAAUAGUAAUCUGGGGAGAGGAAUUGGGUCGGGAUCAAAAUCUAUUUGUACAAUAGCAAGACGAAGAUAUGGAUUUGAGAAAAUCCAAGCAAAAUUAUGUAGACGUUCUAUGGAGAUUAUGCCUCACAUUCAAACCGCAGCAACACUAGCAUCUGAAACAUGUAGAUCCGUUUUUAAACAUAGAAGAUGGAAUUGCUCCUCGAUUCUAACUGCUCCUUAUCUAACUCCAGACCUUACUAGAUCUACUCGAGAACAAGCUUACGUAUAUGCUAUAAGUUCAGCAGCUCUUAUUUACACCAUGGCUCGUGGUUGCUCAAGUGGCACCUUACACCAAUGCACAUGUGCUAAUAAAGCUACCACAGUUCCCGUCGGGGACUUCCAAUGGGGUGGAUGUAAUGAUAAUGUUAAAUGGGGUAUCCAGUUCGCCAGAAGGUUCAUAGACAACGUAGAAAAAAGUGCGCUAGUUACACGAAAUAAAAGGAAUGAAAAGGAUGAGAAAAUGCAGAAUGGUGCAGAGACUGCAGGAGUAGAAAGAUCUUCUAUUGCAGCUGUAAAUUUGCAUAAUAAUAAAGUUGGUAGGAAGAUUAUGAGUGGUAGUCUACGCACCCAAUGUAAAUGUCAUGGUGUGUCGGGUUCAUGCAAUAUAAAAACAUGCUGGAACGCACUUCCACCAAUGUCUGAGAUAGGUGUUAGAUUGUUAGAACAAUAUACCAAUGCUCUUAAGGUUCUUGGAAAUGUAAUAGAUAGUACUGGUUCGGUGGAAAUUUUACCGAAAAGUACGAAAAAAGCCUCCAGCACGCAACUUGUUUAUAUUUCCAAAUCACCAGAUUAUUGUACUAGGGACGAAAGACUUGGCAGCUUUGGAACAGUUGGCAGAUAUUGCAACGUUUCUUCAAUUGGUCCAGAAAGUUGCAGGCAAUUAUGUUGUGGAAGAGGUUAUAGGACAGUCGUGGAAGAAAAAAUAGAGAGAUGUCAAUGCAAAUUUUAUAACUGUUGUUAUGUCAAAUGUAAAAUUUGUCGAACUAAAACCAAAGUAUAUGAAUGUUUAUAAAUUUUAUUUUGUGUAAAAACAUAAAAAGGAGGUUGCAAUUAGCGCAUUUGAAUGUAAGCACUUUUCAAAUACGAUUAAAUUAUUUCAUCAUUUUGGGACCAUAAGAGUCUGGUUUUGGUUAAAAAGAAGGCAGAAUGUUGAAGAUAGAAAUUUACGUUAAUUAAUGCGCUAGCUGUACCCAUGCCCACUCCAUAUUAGUGAAAAAAAAAUUGUUUACGUAAGUGUUGAGCAAUUGUUCAUCAAUAUUUUGAAAAAUCGCUAUUUAGGAUCUUCAACUAUAUAAUUUUAUACUAUUAAUGAUUUUCUCCAUUUGGCUUAAUUAUUAGGAUUAUUAUUAAAGAGUAUUUAAUUACAACACGUGUAUUCAAAUUUUAUACAUAAUAAUUGGCUAAGAUUUCAUUGUUCAGUAUUAUUACGAUCCAUAAAUAAGAAGGAAAAAAAUACUUUUCAUAUGUUAGAUAUAAUUUUUAAUUUAAAGAAACUGAAAAGUUUUUGGUUUAACUACUACCAUACAAAAUGCAUUAAAUGUUUAGGAUAGCGCAAUGUUUAACUACAUGCUUACUGAAAAGUGUAAAGACAAAACAUUCACCUGAAUUAGUGAUAUAUGUUGAGACUUGUGAAGAUCUUGUUAUAACCGAAAUAGUGCGUAAGUCUCAAAACUACGAAGUUAUUAAACCUCGUUACAGAUGCAACCAAUAAACUAUCGGAGACAAAUAUUUUUAAUAUCCUCUGGGCUGGGCAAUAACUUAAAAAUUGAAUAUGUACUUGAGCUUUGAAUGAAAUAAAGCUAGCAAUAGUAGGGCUCACUGAAUAUUUUCAACAUACUUUUUAGAAGAAAAUUCUAAUGAUCCAGUACCCAUGACAAAAAGCUAAUAGAGCUCGUUACCAAUUAGAAGAACGACGUAAAUGAUUAAGCAUUGAAAUCAAUAAGUAACCGAAAACAACAAUUUUGCAAUUCCUCCAAAUCUAUUUCUGUAGAA